AUGGAACGUGAGUUACUACGGAACAACAAUGAAUCAGAAUUGGAUGCUGUUUUAGACCUGAGAUGGAAACUUCUUCAAGCUAAAAAAGAAAAUUUAGACUUGACCAUUCAACACAAUCAAGAAGUGUCCAACUAUAAAAGCCAGAUAAUCAAAUUACGGUCAGAAUUUGAGAGAGGAGAGGCUCUUCGGCAAGGUCUGGAGUAUGAAUUGGCAGUUGCCAGAAAAGGUGCCCAUCUGAAAAUGUGUACUGCAGAAGAGGAGUUAAGUGAUGCAAAAUACAAACUUGUGGAACUGCAAGAACUCAAUGAAAAACUUCAGCAGAAAGUAACAGAGACUGAGCAAACAUUUCAUAAUGCUCAGCAGAAGUGGGAAGAAGAACAGGAAAGACUUGCAAGGGCGAAGGAUGAUAUCAGCAGAAUUUACAACAACGAAUAUGUUUUCCUUCUUAAGGAAAGAAAUGAAGUGGAAAGGAUUUUGCUGGAGCUGAAUAAUGAAGUGCAAAAUAUGCGCCAGAAAUUGAGAGAGGUGGAGGUGGAACACACUGGCUGUGGUGAGGUGCUGAGAUGCCAGGCCAAUGAACUUAAAUGCAGUGCUGAACGAGAGAAGCAGCUUAACAAGGAACUUGAAGCAGCUGCAGUGAGAACAAAGAAACUGGAAGAAAGCAUUGAAGCAGAGAGAGCAGCACAUUUGGAAUCCAGUUUGAAUUCAGAGAUCAUCCAGUUAAGAAUUCGAGAACUUGAAGAAGCUGUGCGUUUGGAAAAAGACAGACAAGCCGAAGCUCUUUCAGAGUUAGAAAUGAUCAAGAAAGAGUUCAAAGAGUUAGAAAAUGCAUAUGAGAGAGAAAAACACAAUGCCCAAAAGAACUUGGAAAAACUCAAUGUAUUAGAAAGAGAGUGUUUCUCCUCAAACAACCAAAUGAAAGAAGUGAUUGAGGAAAAGGAGGUGGUAAUUAAAGACCUCUCUGAAAAACUAGGGAAUACUGAAAAAACCUGCAGAGAAUUACAGGAGGAACUUGCAAUGGCCAAGAAACACCAGGUCUUUCUAACAGAGACGUAUGAAAACAACAUGAGAGAGCUGGAGUUACUCUUGGACAGCUUUGCUAUGUCAGGCCAGCGGACAGCAGGCACUUGUAAGGACAAAGAUAAACCUCUGAGCUGCUCUGUCAUUGAGACUUUGAGGUGUACCUUGACAGCUUACCAGAAGAAGCUGGAAGAUACAUCUAAUGAGUUUGAGAAAACAAAGGCUUCAUGUGAAAAGAUGACAAAAGAACUGGAGAUAUCCAAGGAGGAAAUGUGUGCUUUAAGACAAGACCUUAAGGAAGCUCAGGGUACUGCAGCUGAUGCCACUAAAGAGUUAAAUCAUCUGCACACUAAGUGUGCAGACAGAGAGACUUUAAUAGAAACUUUAAAAAUGGAGCUACAGGAUGUACAGCAUUGCUGGGAGAAGGAGAAAGUGCAUGCCACAGAAUCUGAAAAUGAAAUCCAGAAGCUUACCAGGGCUUACCAGAAGGAUAUGGAGGAGAAACUAACCUUUCUUCAUAGCUUAUACCAGCAUUUGGUAGCAGGCUGUGUGCUUAUAAAACAACCAGAAGGCAUCCUGGAUAGAUUCUCUUGGUCUGAGCUUUGUGUAGUCUUGCAGGAGAAUGUUGAUGCCCUGAUCUUAGACCUCAACAGGGCUAAUGAGAAGAUAUCUCACCUAGAAUAUGUUUGUAAGAACAAAUCCAGUGCUCUGAAGGAGCUUCAGCGGAGCCAGGAAGAUGCUUUUAACAAAAUGGCUGAACAGAUGAAAGCACAGGAAAACUGCUGGCAGAAAGAAAAAAAGUAUCUGGAACAGCAGUACUCUGGUCUCCUUGGGGAAGUUCAUGCAAGGGCACAG